ACAUUUCAUUCAUUCUUCUUUCUUCUUCACCGCUUUCUCCCUUGGGGCGUUCAAACCUAUCUCUCUUUCUAUUAAACAAUUUCACACCCAAUUUUAACUUAUAUUUGAUGGAAAUCUCUGCUUUCCCAUUCCCCGUCUCCGACGACUUCUUCUCCAUUAAUAAUUCCCAGCCUUUCUUCUUCAAUGAUUUUGACUUCCCAGAUAACAACAAUACUAAUACUCUCGCUCUUGUCUCCCAACCCACUCCCAAGAAGCAGAAAACCAAUGAUUCAAUCCAGGAGAUCUUGAAUAGGCUGUUGUUUUCCGAUCACGAAAUGCCCAAAACCGAGCAGAAUCCGGCGUACCCAGAUAAUGGAGAUUUUGCGCUUCUUCAUGAUGAUGAUAAUACUUUUUUCCCCUAUCAUAAUUCUUCGUUUACUAUGGAAAUGGUGAAUGAUAAUGGAAAGCGCUCUCGCGGCGAUGAGGUUGUAAGCACGCCGGAGGACGCCGCCGCCGCCGCCGCAGGCGGCGGCUCUAGCGGUGGAGCGCCGCCGCAGGGGCAGAGCCAGAGGAGGUUAUGGGUGAAGGACCGGUCGAAUGCAUGGUGGGAGCAAUGCAAUAGUCCUGAUUUUCCCGAGGAAGAGUUCAAGAAGGCGUUUAGGAUGAGCAGAGCGACGUUUGAUUUGAUCUGCGAGGAAUUGGAAUCGGUGGUGACGAAGAAGGACACCACUCUCCGCCUGGCCAUCCCGGUUCGCCAGCGGGUCGCCGUCUGCGUUUGGCGGCUCGCCACCGGAGAGCCGCUCCGGGAGGUCUCCAAGCGUUUCGGGUUAGGCAUCUCCACCUGCCACAAGCUGGUUCUUGAAGUCUCCGCCGCAAUCCGAACGGUUCUCAUGCCCAAAUUCCUCCAAUGGCCGGAACCCCAACACAUGACCAAUAUCAAACGCGAAUUCGAAGCCUUCUCCGGCAUCCCGAACGUGGCCGGAGCAAUGUACACCACCCACGUCCCCAUCGUCGCCCCCAAAGUCUCCGUGGCCGACUACUUCAACAAGCGCCACACAGAGAGAAACCAAAAAACAUCCUACUCCGUUACCGUCCAAGGCGUGGUAGAUUCCAACGGAGUUUUCACCGACGUUUGCAUCGGCUGGCCGGGAUCCAUGACCGACGACAAGAUUCUUGAAAAAUCGGCGCUUUACGAGAGAGCAAACCGGGGACUUCUCAAGGACCUCUGGGUGGUCGGAAACUCAGGGCAUCCAUUAACGGACUGGGUUCUAGUCCCCUACACCCACCAGAACCGGACAUGGGCACAGCACGGCUUCAACGAGAAACUCUCCGGCGUGCAGGCGGUGGCUAAGGAGGCGUUUAUGCGGCUGAAAGCGCGGUGGAGCUGCCUCCAGAAGCGGACGGAGGUGAAGCUCCAGGACUUGCCGGUGGUGCUGGGAGCUUGCUGUGUUCUCCACAACAUCUGCGAAAUCAGAGGGGAAGAAUUGCCGCCGGAAUUAAGGUUCGAUCUGUACGAUGAUGAAGUUGUCCCCGAGAUUCCUGUUCGAUCCGCUAACGCAAUGCAAGCUCGGGAUCAAUUGGCUCACAAGCUCCUACAUCAACUUGUAUAGAUUCAUUACUAUGUAUACCUAGCUACUAUCCCAAAUUCGGGGAUUUUAAGGAUUUAUUUACAACAUUUGUAAUCCGACUUCAUCGCCUUAGCUUCCACAGAUGAUCAAAUCAAAGUUUUGUUUUACAGAUUUAUUCAAAAUUUUAGGAUAUAUAAUAGAGUUUGGAGGAGUCAUGUUAUAGGAAUCAUUGCUUCUUGUAACGGUUCAUAUAAUAAGGACUGCUUUUUCAUUUGUAAUUA